UUUUAUCCUGUUUUUACCUUCUCAUUGGAACUAGCAGUGUAUCAAAUCUCCAUACAUUUAUAAACGUCAUAAUUAGACCAAACUGUAUUCAUCCUAAAGGUCGAUUUAAAGACGAAAUCAUGAAAUGUCAUAGCUGCCAAGACGAUAAACUUUCAAAAGAAUUUCCAUUUUAUCCCCUGACUGAGGAUUGUGAUCAUCCAUUACUUCACUGCCUCGAUUGUGCCACAGAGUCUGUGAAGAAACGCAACAAAUGCUCCCAGUGUGAGACUCCGGUGAGAGAAGACAAUGAGAUAUAUCAGGAGUAUUUAGAAACACUGGAUUUCCUCUUCCCUCCUGAAGUGGAGAGUGAGGACGAUGGUUACCACCAGGCACAAUGUACAGCUGCUGUGUCUGGAAAUAUUUACGUGACAACCAUCUCUGGUGAGUCAGCAACUCUCUCGUAUACUCCCCACAGAAAGAUCCUGGACAUUAAGAGAGAAGUGGAAAGCCAGCUGAAAACGCCUCCGGAAAAACAACGUUUACUUUACCAAAACAAAGAGUUGAAGGUGAGAAACGAGGAUCGUAAAAUGCUUACGCUGCGAGACCACAAAGUUCCACCAGAAAGCAAAUUGCACCUCAUUAUUGUUCUAUGUGCAGUUCCAGACGAUCUUGAAAAUGCUGUUUUUGAUUUCUUCUGGGGAUUGCCUCACGGACGCAACAAGGAUUACUUAGAUGUCUCCGUUCUGGUUUACAGCGACUGGAGAAAUCUUGGCGUCAUCAAUUACUUUAAUCGUCAUCUCGACUACUGUCCAGGCGUCGAACACUCAGGUCCUGCAAAAAUGUAUUAUUACAAGCGGGAAGGUCGUCAUCAAGUCCAGUUAAACCUCAAGUCUGUUCCACAUAAUGUUAAUAAAUUAGUGUUUACACUAAGUGCUUGGGCUUCGGCCAAUGUUUCAUCAUAUCCCUACUACAGGCUCAAUUUUUAUGAUGUCAACUCUCCUGACCAACAAUUGUGUGACGACGAGGUUGACGUCCAUCUCAAAGAUUAUAAGACCAUUAUCAUGUGUUGUUUGUCGAAAAAUAACGGCAGAUGGGAGGUAAUAGACAUGAAGGUGGGUUGCAGCGGGUUUACAAGAAAUUAUGGUCCCAUAAAGCGGGAAAUAGAAACAUUGAUAAAAGACAAUUUGUUUUAAUUGCUGAAAGAGACAAAU